AUGGCCUCGGGCUCGGCUCCCCGCACCAAGCACAAGGGCAAGCGCAAGUCGCGGAAGGGUUCCACAGCUGGCAGCCCACCGACGCGGGGAAGCGUAGGCCUGGAUCACACCGGCCACCGCCGGUCGCCCAUGCCUUCCGAGGUCUCGCACUCGCCGGAAAAGGCUUCAGCUGCCGACGACGCACGGGUCGAGCGCAAGCUCGCCCUGCUCUCGGACAGAGAGAUGGAGCUGGAGCGCCGAGAGCAGAGCCUGCGUGCCGAGGCUGAGCGGCUGGCGUUGGUGGCUUCUUCGCUCCAGGCUGACUACACCAAGCUGCAGCGCUCGGUCAAGGCAACCCAGAUGGCCGAGCACGAGGCGCAGGUCCGCCUUCGGCGCAAGGACAACGAGGCCCGCCGGGCACAGAACCAGAUGCUCAAGUACGAGCGCAAGGUCCGCCACGAGGAGCGCCUCAUUCAGGAGGAGAAGAAGCUCCUCCGCUCCGCCAUUGCCGACGCCAUCACCGACGGCGCGCUCAAGCCGCAGCAGAUCUCGCACGUCGAGGCCCUUGCUCGCAAAACGGUGUGGGAUCCAAAAGUCAAGACCACCUCGCUGCUAGCCUCGCUUCCAGCCGAGAACUCGACCACCCGUUCGGCCGCAGGCUCGGUGGCGGACACCACCCUCCGCGACGGCCCGCCGCCCAAGACCUCGUUCUCGGGCCUCCCGCUCGACGCCAACGGCAAGCCGAUUUACCCCAAGCGCCGCGCACGCCGCAAUGCCGGCACCGCGUCCCAGGGCGGCUCGGCGUCCGGCGUGUCCGCUACGCGUGCACCUGGGCGCGGCUCGUCCGACGCGGGCGGCGGCCCGCCGCGCGGCACCGUCGUCACCAUCGACGUCACCCAGCUGCCGGUCUCGCCUGACACCUCUCCGAUUGCGCGUGGGCCGAACGCCUCGGUCCUGGACGUCAUCGACACCUCGGGCAUCGGCAACUCGCAUGGCUACACUUCGUCGCAGUAUCGCGCGGCCCGCGCGGCCCAGGAACUCUCGCCGUCGCCGGCGCUCCGCCGGCGCUCGCGACGUGGUGACGACACCGAGUCGGUCACCUCGUGCUACUCGACGCGCUCGGUCGUCCUCGACGACAACGAGCUCGAUGCCAUGUUUGCGCUUCGCAACUCGAGCGGUGCUGAGCCGGCGGCGCCACCGACCGGCUCGUAUGCCGCGUCGUUCCUCGACCGCUCGCGCUCGUCACGCGCCCACGACGCGUCGGCUUCGGAAGGCUACGCCUCGCAGUUCCGCAAGCGUAAGCAAAAGUCGACCAACUCUCGCGUCCGCCCACCGCCGCGCAAGACCGCACCAUCGGGCACCAAAGCAUCAGCCGGCGCACCGAGCGGGAGCAAGCCGAGCGCGACCAAGCAGUCCAAGGCCAAGAGCGCCCAGGCCGACCAGGUCCGUGCCCUUGGCUACGAAGCCAUCUAUCCAGACGUGAGCAUCGACGAGUCGGCGCCACGCCCGCGGCCGGUCCGGCGGCGGCGGCGCAAGGUUCGCACCACUGGCUCUGUCGGCGCGGCCGACGUGUCUGUCGCUUCGGGCGCGUCGGCUCCUCACGACGAGUCCGACUCGGAGUCUGUUGCCACGCUCACGUCUGCGUCGUCGCUUUCGACGCUGCCCGGGCGCCACGACCACAUCCAUGUUUCGCUUGACCCAGACGCGCCGGUCGACGACGACCUGCGCCACUUGCUGGACCAGAUGGACCGCUUCCAGCGCGAGGUCGCCCGCCGCAAGAUGAUGCGCGAGACAACAGCCGCCGCUGGCUCCUACGCCGCCGCCCACUCAUCGCUCCUCGCCACGCGCGCCCAGAACUCGGCCUCUUCGUCGACCAUUCGCCAGAUCGAGGCCGACAUGGCGUCGGACGACGAGCUGGUUGCCCGUCGCGACGGCGCCGACGCCACUCCGUUCUUUGACGUCUACGCCUCGGGCACGCCGGCUCCUCACGAGCAAACCCGUGCUGCGGCCACAGGCUCUGGCCCGCUCUCGACCACCGACCUGGCGUCGGGAACCCGCCGGCAGAGCUCAAGCACCACCGCGUCGAUUUCGGGCGCGUCGAUCGUCACCCGGUCGGCGUCGACGUCGGUUGACGGCGGCGACGCCGCGCCGGCUGCUCACUACUCGGGCGGCUCCUACGCCGACGCCCACGGCUACGAAGCGCAACUGCCUGCUGCCUCGAAGCCGGUUGAGCUCACCGAGUCCGACGACUUUGACGAAGCACUGCUCACCGGCAACCACUUUGGCACCGUCGGCCUCGCUGCCUACCUCUCCGAGGACGAACAGGACGCUGCUGACAUUGCCGACGCCGACGCUUCACUGGCCGACGUGCUCGACGCCGAGCCGAUGCCGGCGCCCACCCCGGCGCCCGCGCCUGCCCAUCCGCUCUCGUCGUCGUCACACGCCCUCUCGUCGGCCGAUGACAUCGAACUGGAGCCGCAGCCCGCGCAUGAGCCGGCAGUCAUCGCGGUCAACCUCUUUGCCUCGGGCCCCGACUCCUCGCUUCCAGCGGCCGAGCCGGUACCGGAACCUGCGCCUGCGCCUGCCGUCGACGGCUCGCUCUCUAUCGAAGAUCUCUCGGCGUGUUCGGCCGAGUUCGAGCCCGAGUCCAAGGCAGAGCUUGAAGCUGAGCCCGAGCCGGCCGCCCGAGCCGUCCCGCCCACCCCGCAGCCAUCCAAGCCUGUCGACGACCCGUACCUCGCCGAGUUUGGCCUCGACUCGUCGUCUGACUCGCUCGUCAUCGACCACCAGUUCUCGUACUCGGAGCGCGCGAUGGCAGCUCAGCAGUAAAGCAAGACGCUCAAGACCGCACGCUUUGACCUGCACGCGUUUGCUUGCGUU